GAAGACUCGCUCAAAAUGCUAAGCAAAGCCACUUCUGUCUCUGUGACUCGGACAGAGCCACGUCCUUCUCCUCAUUUCUCUCUAUUAACUUGAACAAUAUUCCUUCUCUCGCAAGAAAUUCUUAGAACAAACUUUUCUUAUUUUCCAAACAAUCUACUAAACUGGUAGAAUUUGGGGUUUCUCUGAUCUGGAGUUAUCAAUCUUCAAAUGUCGUCAACAACAUCAAUACCAACUACUGAUGUUUUUCCUACCGUUUCCAUGCCCAUCACCAUAGUUUUGAUCGGCGUUCUUCUCUUUGUAAUUUUCGCUGGAUUCUUCUCUCUUUUCUUCUGGCGAUUUCUUCUGAAUCGCUUGUUUUCAGCUUGGAAUCUUCAGCAAACACCUUACAGUGACCUAAUCCAUGUGGCCACUCCGCCUGAAAAACCCGGCCUUGAUCCAUUUAUCAUCCGGUCCUUUCCCGUGUUCCCUUAUUCAUCUGCAACAAUGAAAAAUCACGGGACGGAAUGCGCUAUUUGCUUGUCAGAGUUUUCAGAUGAAGACACAGUUAGGCUCAUAACGGUUUGUCGUCAUCCCUUUCAUUCAAAUUGCAUUGAUCUUUGGUUUGAGUUACACAAGACUUGUCCUGUUUGCCGGUGUGAGCUUGAUCCUGGCAUGAUCGGAUCUGGAAGCCAUGAAUCUUUGCACAACGCAGUCACAAUCACUAUUCCGGACAUAAACCAUGAUGAGGAAAACCCUCCUACCACAGGUUCAAGUAAAAGGCUAAUGGAAGCCUCGGCUUGGCGAUUCUCGAGGUCACAUUCUACUGGACAUUUCAUGGUUAAGACUACGGAUGUCAAUGUGAAGUCCAAAAGAAGGCAUUACCAAACAGGAAGCUGUGACUCGUUUGACGAACUUACUCGGUAUGAUGGAGCUGGAUGGUUUGGUGAUUCAUCACACAUUAGCAGGAUUGAAGUCUAGUUUAGUGAAAUUCUGUUAC